GUAUAAAGAACCAUGUAAAGAUGACUCAGGAGACCUUGGCCACACAUUCAGCGGUCAAAUAUUUCAAUGCUUCGUUGCUCCCGUUCCUGUUACAGGUACAUGUGACAGCGCUGCAGCUAUGAGUGGAAUUUUAAAGAGGAAGUUUGAAGAAGUUGACGGCUCCUCACCCUGCUCCUCUGUGCGGGAAUCGGAUGAUGACGUUUCCGGCAGUGAAAGUGCUGACAGUGGGGACAGUGUCAAUCCAUCCACCUCUAAUCAUUUCACCCCUUCCUCCAUCCUCAAAAGGGAGAAACGACUGAGGACAAAGAAUGUGCAUUUUAGUUGUGUCACUGUGUACUACUUCACCAGGAGGCAAGGCUUCACCAGCGUGCCCAGUCAAGGGGGCAGCACCCUGGGCAUGUCUAGCCGCCAUAACAGCGUGCGCCAGUACACGCUCGGCGAAUUCGCCAGGGAGCAGGAGAGGCUCCACCGGGAGAUGUUGAGAGAACACCUCAGGGAGGAAAAACUGAACUCUUUAAAACUGAAGAUGACUAAGAAUGGCACAGUGGAAUCUGAAGAAGCUAGCACUCUCACAGUGGAUGACAUUUCUGACGAUGACAUUGAUUUAGACAACACAGAGGUGGAUGAGUACUUCUUUCUACAACCCCUGCCAACAAAAAAACGAAGGGCACUGCUGCGAGCUUCUGGAGUGAAGAAGAUAGACGUGGAAGAGAAGCAUGAGCUGAGAGCCAUCCGCCUAUCGCGAGAGGACUGUGGCUGCGACUGUCGAGUGUUCUGUGACCCAGAAACAUGUACCUGCAGCCUCGCAGGCAUUAAGUGUCAGGUGGAUCGGAUGUCUUUCCCAUGUGGCUGCACUAAAGAAGGAUGUAGUAACACAGCAGGUAGAAUUGAAUUUAAUCCCAUCCGUGUCCGGACUCACUUUUUGCACACAAUAAUGAAACUUGAACUGGAGAAAAACCGAGAGCAGCAAAUCCCCGCGCUGAACGGCUGCCACGGUGAGAUAAGUGCUCACAGUAGUGCCAUGGGCCCCGUUGCUCACUCUGUAGAAUAUUCUAUCGCAGACAAUUUUGAGAUUGAAACUGAACCCCAGGCUGCAGUGCUACACCUGCAGUCCGCUGAGGAAUUAGAUUGCCAGGGAGAGGAAGAGGAGGAGGAGGAGGAUGGGAGCAGCUUCUGCAGCGGAGUCACCGAUUCUAGCACACAAAGCUUGGCACCGAGCGAAUCAGACGAGGAGGAGGAAGAGGAGGAGGAGGAAGAGGAGGAGGAUGACGAUGAUGAGAAAGGAGACAGCUUUGUGGAAGGUUUGGGCACCCAUGCUGAAGUUGUCCCUCUUCCUUCAGUCCUUUGUUAUUCUGAUGGCACUGCUGUUCACGAAAGCCACUCAAAAAACGCUUCUUUUUAUGCCAACUCUUCAACUCUGUAUUACCAAAUAGAUAGCCACAUUCCAGGAACUCCUAACCAGAUCUCAGAGAACUAUCCUGAAAGAGAUACUGUCAAAAACGGUACCCUCUCGCUGGUGCCUUACACCAUGACCCCGGAGCAAUUUGUUGACUAUGCCCGACAAGCAGAAGAGGCCUACGGCACCUCCCACUACCCAGCCGCCAACCCCUCCGUAAUUGUUUGCUGCUCCUCUUCAGAAAAUGACAGCAGUGUGCCCUGCAAUAGCUUAUAUCCUGAACACAGGUCCAAUCAUCCUCAAGUGGAAUUUCACUCAUACUUGAAAAGCCCCUCCCAGGAAGGGUUUGUCUCUACAUUGAAUGGUGACAGUCACAUUGCAGAGCAUCCUGCUGAAAAUUCAUUGAGCCUUGCAGAAAAGAGCAGAUUGCACGAAGAGUGCAUCAAAUCACCCGUGGUGGAGACCGUCCCUGUUUAGUAGCUUAAGUUAUUCUAGGACCACCUGCCCCCUAUUUAAGGCAAUGUAUUUAAUUGGA